AUGUUUACAAAAGGUUGUACUGAUACACAGCAUAAGACGAAAAAAAAAAAGGAGGUGCAGCCACAAUAGCAGAUCAUGCCUGUCAAACUAAAUAAGUACUUUGCUCAUUAUAUUCAACAAGAGAUUCUUGCUCAAACUACAGCUUGUGCAACAUUUAUAGGCUCGUGAUGAUAAGGCAUGCAGCCUUUGAAAGCAUUUUGUCAAAAAAGUAGUUCUAAUGCUUACUACAGAUUAAAUAUUUGAAUCUUGUUAAGCCUUCUUCUUGCUAUAUUAAUAAUGAUGGAUCUGCUUGCAUUGAUUUUCAAGCAACUUGCGCUAAUUAUUCAACUGAAAUCACUUGUGAUUAAUCUAGGGAUGGUUUAUGCCAUAGGAAUUCUGCAGGUUAGUGGUUUUUGUGA